CGCACUUGAUAGAAAGAACAGAAAAAAAAAACAACGAAUGAGAAAAAUUCAAAGCAGCAGCUGGGCGAAGUUGGACAAUAAAAAAAAAAAACAAAUAGGAAAAACCUAUUAAUACGUCUAAAAUUGCGCAUAGUACAGCGCAACACAAAUAAAAUAGUUUUAUUUAUUUUACUAAAAUACUCUGCCGCUAAAACCCGCCAUGGAUUUGCUGAAUUCAAUACUCAAUUCAAUGGAAAAACCUCCCGCAGCCACAGAGCAACAGAAAAAAAUGAUCAAAAAACAAAAAGAGCUUGCUGAACGAAUUAAAAACAAACAGAAAGAAGAACUAAAUCGAUUUCGCAAAUAUGUAGAGGAUCGUAUCGGACGAUUUGCCAAGGACGAUCGCCCUCAUAUUGAGUUUCAACCGCUGGAUAAAGUGCACCGUGCCAUUAUUCAUGAGGUAGCAGAAUUCGGUGGCUUUAUAGCAAUGAGUUUUGGUCGCGAAGAUAUCGACCGUCAUUCAGUUGUUUAUAAAAAAGAAAAUGCACCAUCGGAAGAUGAAAUAGCAGCUCGGCGCAACGGUGACGGUUGGAAUGAAGAAAUUGCCAAAGAAUAUGCUGAAAAGCGAAAACAGCAACGCGAAUUGGAAAGUGAACAAAAAAGACUGGCACGUGCUUCCACCCUACUACCACCUACCACAGAGUGUGACAUUAAACCAACGACCAACUAUAAAGAUAAGUACGCUCAUCUUAUUGGGCAAGAUGCAGCCUUAGAGGCUGCACGUAAAACAGAAACUAACCUGAGUUAUGGUUUCGUGCCCAGCAAAAACAAAAAGGAUAUGCGUUCGAUUGAACAAACUUUAGCUGAUAUUCAGGCAAAGAAGAAACGAAAAUUGGAGCAGCAACAACAGAGUGCAUUACCCAAACUGGAACUUAAACAACAAUCUGUUGUCAAUGAACAAGAAAGUGCUUUAAGCACGCAACAACCGCAAGACAAACAGGAGCCCAAUGUUGUUGGAAGCAGUGCUGGAGCAGACAAGUGAUAAUUCUAGCGAGCCACUAUUAUCAUACUAAAACACGCUUGUAAAACGACUGCUUUGUGUCUUUGCAUCAAUUUGCAAUAAAUUGCAAUAUUUUUACUAUUUACGAGAUCACAACUGAAUUGUUAACUAUUUGAAAUGGUAUUGAGUAAAAACACAUAAAUAUAUUAUAAUGAAAAUAUA